AUGGAAAAAUGUAGCUUCCAUAAAACUACCAUUAAAUUCCUCGGCUACAUUAUAUCCCCUGAUGGGAUUCAAAUGGAUCCUGAAAAACUCUCUGCAAUUCGUGAUUGGUCAACUCCCACUUCCAUUAAAUCACUACAAAGAUUUUUGGGAUUCACCAACUUUUAUAGAAAAUUUAUAAACCACUUUUCUUCUGUAGUUCAACCAUUAAUUCGUUUAACAGGAAAACAGAAAUUCAUAUGGGAUAAAGAAUCAAAUCAAGCUUUUCAUCACCUUAAAGAAUUAUUUUCAACAGCCCCAAUCUUACACCUUCCAGAUCCGGAAUUACCAUAUACUCUUGAGGUUGACGCUUCCAACGUAGGAAAUUGGCGCAAUCUUAUCCCAACCUGA